AUGGCCUCCGGCACCGGCUCCGGCCAGCUGCAACCCCCAGCAGCGGCGGCAGAUGCUGACCCGGGAGCCGGCGGCGACAAGCUCGUCUUCGAGGCGCCGCCGCAGCCCGUGAGGGAGGACUACGUCCAGAACGCCGUCAAGUUCCUCUCCCACCCAAAGGUCAGGGGCUCCCCCGUCGUCUACAGGCGAUCCUUCCUCGAGAAGAAGGGCCUCACCACCGAGGAGAUCGACGAGGCCUUCCGAAGAGUCCCUGAUCCUCAACCCAGCAAUACGGCUACCACUUCUCCACAGCAGCAGCAAGUCAACAGCCAGAAUCAUUCCGCUGGGGUGCAAACUUACACCCCAGCGCAACCUGUGCACCCAGCAACUGCUGGCCCUGUCGUCCUUCGAACGCAACCCAGGUUCAGCUGGUACCAAGCAUUCCUCGCUGCAGGGCUCUUGCUUGGUUUUGGUGCUAGCGCUGCUGUCUUUAUCAAGAAAUUGUUCCUUCCUAGGCUCAAGUCUUGGAUACGCAAUGUUGUAGUGGAAGGUGAUGGCACUGAAGGCAACCAACUUAAGGCCAGGAUAGAUGAGGAAACGGCCGAGGCUGUAAAGGCUUCUGCUUCGGCUGUUUCUGCUAUUGCCAAAACAAACCAACAGCUGCUUGCCUCAAAGGAUGAAGAAAAGAAGAUACUAGUGACGUUAACACAAGCUCUAGAUUCCCAAGCCAAGGAGUUAAAAUCCUUGACCGAGUCAAUCAGUCAUACCAGGGAAUCCAUCAACAUUACCAGGGAUGAUAGGUUUUCUCAGUACCGCCCACUGGAAGACCAUGCCCCUCCUGUUAUAAGGAAUGGGGCAAUUAAUAGUUCAUGGAGAGCUUCUCAGCAAACUAACAUGUACGGUGCGUCGAACGGUGACUUUGGUUCUGCGAGGUCUUCAUUCGCGCCAGCACCUGUUGAACCUACAGCUGGAUCAUUUUCAAGAUCCUAUGCCGAGCAGACGAUGUCCACUGCACAACGAGGGGAUAGGUCUUCUGGCAGUAAGCCAUGGGAGAUGCAGCAGUAUUCGCAACAGAGGCCUGGUUAUGGAUCCAACUCCCAGUUGAGUGAUGAUGGAUCAUACUCUGAUGCCCAGAACAGCUAUGCUCCUUCUUAUCACCAGAAUGGAAAGGCCCCUGAUUUUCAAGCAGAUGAACCUAGGCCUUUGACCUACAACACUGGGGUUGAGGAAAGACCGCCGCCUCAGCGCCGCUGGGUGCCCCCUCAGCCUCCAGGUGUCGUGAUGCCAGAAGCAGCUGCUGCCAUACGUCAACCAAAGACCCCUCCAAAGCAACCCUCCAGCAAUGCCUCUGAGGCAGCUGGUGAGACGCAGGUGAAUGGUGCCUCAAGUGCAUCGGAUGCUGUGACUGAGGUUCCUGUUAAUGGUGCUACGGCAAGUGAUGCUGGACACAGCGAGAUCGAAGAACAAUCAGUGGCCGUCUAA